GCUAGGUUCCUUGGGGCUCUGACAGCGCGAGGACUACAAAGCCCUGAAUGCACCCCGGCGCAAUAGGAAUCUCUAUAAGUAAUAUUGCCUGCAACUCUAGCUCAGUGCCGCAGAGAAGCCUGGAGAAACAGGAUCAGAUAGAAGAAUGAGCCAAAAUGGAAAGGAGGAGGCGGCGGCGGCAGCCACAGACAUGGACCAGUUUGUGGGGUUCUUCCCCCAAGUUGUGAAGGAUCUGACAGAAGAUGACCUCCACAACGCGGAGGUGUCUGAUGCUGUCGCCAGGCUGAAGCAGGUCGUGGAAUACAAUGCCGUUGGGGGGAAAUAUAACCGGGGCCUGACGGUUGUGGCUGCUUUCCGGGAGCUGGCUCCGCCGGAGCAGCAGGAUCCGAAAAGCUUCCAACGUGCUCUAGCUGUCGGAUGGUGCAUUGAACUGCUGCAGGCCUUUUUCCUGGUGGCAGACGACAUCAUGGACUCUUCGGAGACCCGCCGGGGCCAACCCUGUUGGUACAAAAAGGAAGGAAUUGGCUUGGAUGCCGUGAACGACGCUUUCCUGCUGGAGUCCACCAUCUACCGCCUGCUGAAGCGAUACUGCCGGGGUCAGCCGUACUACCUGAACUUGCUGGAGCUGUUUCUCCAGACAUCACACCAGACUGAACUGGGGCAAGCCCUGGAUCUUAUCACUGCUCCCCCAUCUAAGGUGGAUCUGAACCGCUUCACAGAACAGAGGUACAAAACGAUUGUCAAAUACAAGACGGCCUUCUACUCAUUCUACCUCCCAGUGGCGGCUGCAAUGUAUAUGGCUGGCAUAGACAGUGAAGAGGAACAUGCUCAUGCUAGGACCAUCCUAUUACAGAUGGGGGAGUUCUUCCAGAUCCAGGAUGAUUUCCUUGACUGCUUUGGUGACCCUGAAAUGACCGGCAAGAUCGGUACAGACAUCCAGGAUAACAAAUGCAGCUGGAUGGUGGUGCAGUGUUUGAAACGGGCCUCUGCAGAGCAGAGACAACUUCUAGAGGAGAACUAUGGACAAAAGGAUCUGGACAAAGUUGCACAUGUGAAACAGCUCUAUGAGGAGCUGGGCCUGAAGAAAAUCUACCAGGACUAUGAGGAGAGCAGCUACCAGUGCUUAUCGGGCCUUAUUUCCCAGCAUGCUGUACGUCUGCCGAGCCGGAUCUUCCUUGGCCUGGCCCAGAAGAUCUACAAGAGGCAGAAAUGACAGGCUCGGCUAUCAAGAAGGAAGCCAGCCUAUAAAUACUUGUCAUGUGUGUUUGUGUGGGAGGGUGGGGUUUUCCCCAUCUUUCCUGCCAUUGAUUAGUGGAACUGCUUUAAAACCUGUUUUUGAAACCUAGUUCAGUCGUCUCUUAACUCCCUGGCACUGGGAGGGGGUGUUUUGGAGGGGCCGAAAGGCUGAGGCACACUCUCUCUAUCCAAGGUGUUCUCGCCGCUCUUUAAACCUCUGACUAUUUCCAGGAUUCCCUGGGCUAAAACAAAGUAGUGUCCAGCUUGACCCAGGAAACAUGCCCAUCUAGUUCCUAUGUUGUCUUUUCCUUUUUGGUUCUGCCUGCACCAGCAAUGUCCUGCAGUGCUCUGAGCACUUCACCCAACCCUGUUGGUUGAGUCUUUAUCUCUCUCCCUGCCCCUUGCCGCAACUCUCAGAAACAGCUGGUUUUUUAAAUGUAUUUUUUUGCAUCUUAAAUGCAGACUGCUUUACCUCAGGGUGAGCUGUGCUGUGGUGAUGAGGAAAGCAUUUUUGGCUAAGGAUUUUUCUUCCUUCAGUCUCUUUCUCCCAUUCUCCCUCUAAGCAAGGGGAUGAGGCUGCUAAGAUUUUGUUUGAUUGUGGAAAAAGACAAUAUCCACAGAUGAAUGUAAUCAUUUCUGUAAUACGCACCAUGCAUUUAAAGCGCCCCUCCAAAAACACAACACAACAACCUGAGAAUUGUGGUUUAAGGGCCCUGAUAAUUGUUGCUCUGUGAAGGGUUAACUACAGUUAUCAAUAUUUUUUUGGGGGGGGAGAGCGGAGUCAUGUGCUUUUAAUGUGUGACACACACACACACACACACACACACACACACACCUAUAGUAAAUGUUGCUGACUGUAUGUACUGACACUUUUAAACUUGCCCCCUCCUCAGGAGGGAGAACGAUUCACCUGGAUCAAAACAAACCUGUUCCCAUUUUGGAGGGGGGGCAUGAAAAGGAAGACCCCCUCCUGCCACCCUCCCACAAUGCUCUGGAGCAGCACCCAGGGGUGAAAACGAUGUUUUUUUGGGGGGGGAGGUGUAGUAUCAAGCAUCCUAUCAUAAUGGAAUGCACAGGCUGGAGAAAAAUGAGUUUGUAGCAAUAAAUUAUUUUGAAACCAG